GCAGAGGGAGAUGCUACAUAGAGCUGUUCAAGGGCAGAGUUUUGGGGAUUAAGGGUUUGAAAGUGAAGGAAGGGAAGGGAAAUUUUGGUGGGGAAAGAAAGAUUAGUAUUGUUUGUUUGAGGUUUGUGGAUUGUUUUGUUAGUCUGGAUCAAAAGUGGCGUGUGCCUCUGCAGAUUUUCCAUGUCAAGAGCUCAUGGAGGGGCCCUAGUGGUGGUGUUUGGGCCGUGGUGUAAGGUAUGAUGUAUGAUAGCUUUGAGAUUUGCUGAGAGAUAUGGCGGAUUUGGCUUAGAUUCGAUCGAUUUUGUUUAUCAAAGGGGGACCAGAGUAUAAGGCAGCUGUGGUGGGGUUUUGGUUUUGAUUUUUGUUAUAUGUUGUGAUUCGUGGCGAAGAUUUGAGAGAUAAAGGGUGAUUGCAGGGGCGGGUGAAAGGAGUGGCUAAGAUUUGAUUAUUUUUUUGGUGGACGUUUUGUGGGAUUGCAAUGACUACAGAAGAGCAGAAUCUGAAAGAGACAGAGCUCCGCCUCGGCCUCCCCGGGGCGCGCUCGCCCGUACGAGAGAGUACUAGAUGUUGUGGCCCGUUGCCCGCGGCGGCAAACGAUGAGAACUCCUCGUCCUCCGCCACUUCGGAGCUUUGCCUUCUCAGCCCUAGGCGGCCGGCGGCUUCGGCUAUGGUGGAGAAAAAUCUGUUUCCGUCUACAGCUGAGGAGUGUCCUGCAAUGGAGAAAUACCCUUACUGGCAGCAGCCUGGUAACUUUCAGGUGAAGAAGAGGGGGUUUUCUGAGGCCAUGGAGAAAAGGAACCCCUUUUCUGGCGGCUCAGGGAAUUGGGUCUUCCCGCCAGUAAAACCGCCCGUGGUGGCACUGCCCGGUGGCGGAUCGGCGGCGUCAUCCGACGUGACGAAAUUUCAAUCUCAAUUGACGUCCCCUAAGGGAUCGGCUCCUGCGUGGCAGAGUGAUUCAGGGUAUGUUUCUGCUAGAGUGUCUCCAGCUGGAGGGGUUAGCAUGAAUGGGAAAUGUGUUAUGAAUGAAGUAUCUUCGUCAAAGGAAGGGGCGGGACAGUGUAAGGAGAGGGCUACGCAGCAGGGUCAAGCUUCUUCUGCAGCUGAGCCGCCUGCAUCCAAACAGCAGGUUGUAGGUUGGCCACCUGUGCGAUCCUUCCGGUGUAAAACCCUUGCAGCAAAUCCAAAGCCCGCAGAAGAGGGUGAAGGAAAGUCUGGACCAAAUGCAUUAUAUGUAAAGGUCAGUAUGGAUGGAGCUCCAUACUUAAGGAAGGUUGAUUUGAAACUGUAUAGCAGAUACCAGGAGCUCUCCUCUGCGUUGGAGAAAAUGUUCAGCUGUUUUACAAUAGGUCAGUGUGGUUCUCAUGGCAUUCCUGGGAGGGAUGGCUUGAGUGAGAGCAAGUUGAUGGACUUGCUCCACGGGUCGGAAUAUGUACUAACUUAUGAGGACAAGGAUGGUGACUGGAUGCUUGUUGGUGAUGUUCCCUGGGAGAUGUUUGUUGAUUCUUGCAAGAGACUUCGAAUAAUGAAAGGCUCAGAAGCAAUUGGCCUUGCACCCAGGGCCAUGGAAAAAUGUAAAAAUAGGAGCUAAUGCUCUAGCAGGACCUGCUUUCUGGUCUCCGUGGGGAUAUGGCUUGGCUUGAGUUCAUGGAUGUUUGCAGUUUAUGGAGGAAGCAGAGUAAGUUUCUUUUGAAUUCACAGUAAGAACACGAAAUAUUGAUUGAUAACAGUUGUGUUGGUCUGAUCAUGGUUACAAGCUUACGUCAGCCAUAGUGACCUCAGUAGACAGAAAGUUUGUUGUGAAUGGUCGCCUAUUGGAGUUGGUUUUUCUCUGGAAGUUAUUAAAGAGGGCACAAAUAACUAGAUGGUAUGCACAGGUCAGAAGCAGGUCUUGUGUGUUCUGAAAGGCAGUAUUCUCAAGGUGAGGUUACCUAUCAAAAGAAUGGUUUGGGUCUGCUGGGAUUUAUUUCACUUUUGGUUCAACUUUUCUCAACGUGAUUUCUAUCACCUUGUAAGCAUAUGUUUAUUGCAGAUCUGGCUGUCUAUAAAGUGGCUUAACUAAAUUGAGUCAGAUCAGAGCAUGGUUACAGUGUAGGAGAUAUUAACAUUAAACAGUGCAGUGUUGCAAAUUGUAUGAUUUUUUGAAGUUUAUGGGAGGCAAUUGACUCUCAAGACCUGAAAGUAGAUGCCUUGUUUGCUACUGGAUUUCCUCCCAUACGAGUAACGAGUCACAUCUAUGGAACUUGUCGCUAUAGUAGUUUUAGAUUAGGAUGAAUACUAAGGUUUGCCAGUUUAUUGGA